AUGCAACCAACCCUUGGAACCAAAGCUGGAUCCGCCGUUGUUUACAACGAACAAAAGUUAGGUGGCAUCGGUGACGAUGACGGCGACAGUGGAAAAAGAAGAAGAUCAAGAACUAACUUCAACUCUUGGCAGUUGGAAGAGUUAGAGAGAGCAUUCCUUGCGUCCCAUUACCCCGAUGUAUUCAUGAGGGAGGCGCUCGCUAUGAGGCUGGACCUCAAGGAGAGUAGAGUUGCGGUCUGGUUCCAGAACCGAAGAGCCAAAUGGAGAAAGAAGGAACAUACAAAGAAGGGUCCUGGUCGACCAGCGCAUAAUGCCCAUCCUCAGUCCUGUUCAGGGGAACCCAUCCCCCCUCACGAACUCAGGGCACGCGAGAGGGCGAGAAGAAGAAAGAAGCUGGCAAAAGCACUAGAGAGACAAGCAAGAAAACUUCGCGCCAAAGGCAUAGCCGUAGACCUUGAAGCUCUGAAAGCAGAAUACUUAGCCCAGCAUCGGAACAGCGGCCUCUAUUCAGACUCUGAUGGCGAAAUCGAUGGUGAAGAGUGCAUGAUCGAUGUGGUAGGCGGAGACUCUUGCCACGAUUCGGGCCCCGAAGACUUCUCCUUAGCUGGGCGGCUGCGAGCGCCAUCUGGAGGAGAUGGAAUCAACAACUCGGAUAGUUCAACAUCAGAUGCCCAUUCAGGAAGGAACUUCAGCCCCUUGCCUGAUCCGCAACCGUCGUUCUUCAAGCAAUUCGGUGCUGCAGCUAACUUCGACAAGUUUGACUUCGACUCAGGUCGAGCUGUGUCCUUAGACCUAAGUGGGACAUCAUCUGAACAGGAUUUGUCUAAAAAUGGCGGCACGAGGAAGCACAAUCCCUUUAGUAUAGAAUCGUUGCUUAAUACGUGA